GAGUUUCCUGUGUGAGGGAGGGGCGCGGGCCAGGUGCGCGCUCGAGGGCCGGCUGGAGCCUGCCAAGCUACAGUGCCUCUCAACCCUGAGACUCGGCUAGACGCCGAGAAUUGCAGCUACAGUCGUUUCGGGAGGGGCCAGGCAGGGCGCCGAGAGGAAUUGGCUGUGGGUCCAGCUUUGGACCACAUUUCCCAGAGGGCCGGAUGGCCGGUCGCUCUUCUCGCAGGAACUCGAACGUUUCGUCACGUCUGGCGGGACCGUUAGAUCCAUGAGGUGAGGGUCCGUGGGUCCCGGGGGAACAGGCUCGGCUAUGCAGGUUGCAACCCCGGGAGACCCGAAAGGCCUAAGUUGAGGAGACCGGAGGCAGUUCUACCCUUAUCCACGUGCAGAAGAGAAGGAAAGAAUGCAAAAUGAACUUCUGCAAGCAAUGUCCAAGGGAUCAAUGAUGUUCAGGGAUGUUUCUAUAAACUUCUCUCAGGAGGAAUGGGAAUGCCUGGACUCUGGUCAGAUGAAUUUAUACAAAGAAGUGAUGUUGGAGAAUUUCAGCAACCUGGUUUCAGUGGGACUUUCCAAUUCUAAGCCAGCUGUGAUUUCCUUAUUGGAACAAGGAAAAGAGCCCUGGAUGGUUGAAAGAGAGCUGACGAGAGGCCUUUGUUCAGAUCUGGAAUCCAUGUGUGAGACCAAGAUAUUAUCUCUAAAGAAGAGACAUUUUAGUCAAGUAAUAUUUACCCAUGAAGACAUGCCCACUUUUAUUCAGCCCACAUUCCUCACUCCACAUCAAAAAACUGUUAAUGAAGAGAAACCCUGUGAAUGUAAGAUAUGUGGAAAGGCCUUUAAUCAGAACUCACAAUUUAUUCAACAUCAGAGAACUCAUUCUGCUGAAAAAAACUACAAAUGUAAAGAGUGUGGGAAGUCCUUUAGUCGUGGCUCGCUUGUUACUCGACAUCAGAGGAUUCAUACUGGUGAAAAACCCUAUGAAUGUAAGGAAUGUGGCAAGGCUUUUAGUUGUAGUUCAUAUUUUUCUCAACAUCAGAGGAUUCACACUGGUGAGAAACCCUAUGAAUGUAAGGAAUGUGGAAAAGCCUUUAAUUAUUGCUCAAACCUCAACGAUCAUCAGAGAAUUCACACUGGUGAGAAACCCUAUGAAUGUAAAGUAUGUGGAAAAGCCUUUACUAAGAGUUCACAGCUCUUUCCACAUCUGAGAAUUCAUACUGGUGAGAAACCUUAUGAAUGUAAAGAAUGUGGGAAAGCCUUUACUCAACACUCAAGGCUUAUUCAACAUCAGAGAAUACAUACUGGUGAGAAACCUUAUGAAUGUAAGGAAUGUGGGAAGGCCUUUAGUAGUGCCUCAACACUUACUAACCAUCACAGAAUUCAUGCAGGCAAGAAACUCUAUGAAUGUAAGGAAUGUGGAAAGGCCUUUAUUCAGAGCUCAGAACUUAUUCAACAUCAGAGAAUCCAUACAGAUGAAAAACCUUAUGAAUGUAAUGAAUGUGGGAAGGCCUUUAAUAAAGGUUCAAACCUUACUAGACAUCAAAGAAUUCACACUGGUGAGAAACCCUUUGACUGUAAGGAAUGCGGAAAGGCCUUUGGUAGUCGUUCUGACCUUAUUCGCCAUGAAGGAAUUCAUACUGGGUGAAAGAUAAGCUCUGUUCAUAAUCUUUAUAAUAAGACCUUAAAAAUAGGUAAUGGAAAAAAAAUAAAGCAGUGUAGUAGUUUUUUGAGCUACUGUAACAAUAUCAAGUACCUCAAAAUUGGGUGACUUAAAACAACAUAAAUGUAUUCUCUCACAGUUUUGGAGCUUUGAAAUCCAAAAUUAAAGUUGUUGGUAAGGUUGGUUCCUUCUGAGGACUUUGAGGAAGAAUCUGUUCCAUGUCCCUCUCCUGCCUUCUGAUAACAACAAUCUUUGACAUUCCUUGUCGUGUAAUGCAUCACUCCAGUCUCUGCCUCCGUCUUCACAUUGCAUUCUCUCUAUGUAUAUCGGUCUCUGUCUUGUUUAAGAGGAGACUCAUACAGGACAUGAGUCCUAUUGGAUUAGGGCACACCCCGAUGACCUUAUCUUAACUGAUUACGUCUGCAAAGACCUUAUUUCCAUGUAGGAUCACAUUCACAAGUGCCAGGGGUUAGGGCUUCAACAUAGUUUAACCCAUAACACUGUUAACAUUGUUUUUCUAACAUAUUUGUAAUUUUCUUUUAUACAUAACUUGUUAAAUGUAUUCUAAAAUGUAAAUUCAAGGUUUAAAUUAUACCUGCCUUCCCUCCAAAAAAGAUUCUGUCCCAAACUACUUCUUAAAUAAUUCUUUCCUCCCCAUUGUUUUAUUCUGCUUCUUGGUUAUACAUUUGUGUUUAUAUUGGCUUCAUUUUAGAGCCAUCUUUUCUAUUGCUCUGACCUAUAGAUCUGGUACUACCAAUACUACACUGUAAGUCCUGUUACAUAGGCUAUCUUUUAAUUCCUGGCAAAAUUAUAACUUUGUUUUUGAAGGCAGCUGUGUUCUUUUUCCCUUUGGUAACACUCAUAUUUUCAUGUUGUAAAAAACACACAAAGGAAAUAAAUAGGUUAUCUGUAAGCCUUCCAAACAGAAAUUACUACUUUCAUAUUAUUACAACAUAUCCUUCCAGGCUUUCUUAGUGUAAUCUGAUGUGCAUGCCGUACCAUAACCUGCUUCUAUCAUGCUACUGUUUCAGUAAGUAUAAAUAUUUAUUUAUCAUUAUUUUUAAUGGUAUCAUAAUCUUUUCUAUGGUAGAUUAUCAUUUUGCUAAAUACUACUGACAUACUUAAUGGUGCUCACUGAAAUUUUACAGUUAUAAAAAUUGCCUUUUAAAUACAAAUUUAGUGCUAUCUUA